AUGCAUAAAGUUUUGUCUUUCUUUUAUGAGGACAAAGAGAAUCUAAGUAACAAACUUCGCAUUUGUAUUAUUUCUCUCUCUCUCCCACACACACACACACACACACACACACACACACACACACACACACACACACACACACACACACACACACACAUCUUAUUUAAUAUUUUCAUUAUCUAUUUUAAUAUCUAUCUAUCUAUCUUAAUAUUUUCAUAUCUAUCUAUCUAUCUAUCUAUCUAUCUAUCUAUCUAUCUAUCUAUCUAUCUUAAUAUUUUCAUAUCUAUCUAUCUAUCUAUCUAUCUAUCUAUCUAUCUAUCUAUUUUAAUAUUUUCAUAUCUAUCUAUCUAUCUCCGUAAAAAAGAAAACUGUAUAUCCAUUUUUUGUAAUCUAUCUAUCUAUCUAUCUAUCUAUCUAUCUAUCUAUCUAUCUAUCUAUCUAUCUAUGUCUGUUCGUUAUCUAUCUAUCUAUCUAUCUAUCUAUCUAUCUAUCUAUCUAUCUCCUUUAUCAUGUCAUGGUUCAUGGUUCUAUCUAUCUAUCUAUCUAUCUAUCUAUCUAUCUAUCUAUCUAUCUAUCUAUCUGAUUUGGUCUGUUUUCCCGAGAAUCUAUCUAUCUAUCUCCCUUUUUUUACUGUCCUUCUGUCUCCCUAUGUAUUUCUUGGGAGGCACGGUGGAGUAA